CUGUGUCCAGUGAGACGGCCUUCCUGGAGGACUACGUUCUGGGCGUGGGGGACACCCUGGAAAUGUCAUGUGACCUGGAGGACCACUCGGAGCCCAUCGCCUGGUUCAAAGACGGCGCCGGGCUGGUGCCUAGCAACCGGACGCGGCUGGGCCAGAGGAUUUUGCGCAUCAUCAACGUGUCGUACGCGGACUCGGGCGUCUACUCCUGCCGGCUCGCCCACGGCAACGCGUUGCUCAGCAACUACACCAUCCGAGUGACAGAUUCCCUGUCGUCCGGCGAUGAUGAAGAUUAUGACGAAGAUCCAGAAGAUGCAGGUAAUGGAAAUGAAGCUCCGUACUGGACGAGGCCCGACCGGAUGGACAAGAAGCUCCUGGCCGUUCCGGCCGCCAACACCGUCAAGUUCCGCUGCGCCGCGUCCGGAAACCCGACGCCGAGCAUCCACUGGCUGAAGAACGGCAAAGAGUUCAAGGGAGAGCAGCGGAUGGGAGGUAUCAAGUUGAGACACCAGCAGUGGAGUCUGGUGAUGGAGAGCGCCGUGCCGUCGGACCGGGGCAACUACACCUGCGUGGUGCAGAACAAGUACGGCGCCAUCACCCACACCUACCAGCUGGAUGUGCUAGAGCGUUCGCCCCACAGGCCCAUCCUCCAGGCGGGCCUGCCAGCCAAUCAGACGGUGGAGGUGGGCAGCGAGGUGGAGUUCCACUGCAAGGUGUACAGCGACGCCCAGCCGCACAUCCAGUGGCUGAAGCACAUCGAGGUCAACGGCAGCCGCUACGGCCCCGACGGCGUUCCCUACGUCAACAUCCUGAAGACGGCCGGUAUUAACACUACAGAUAAGGAGCUAGAGGUUCUCUUCUUGACCAAUGUGUCUUUUGAGGAUGCGGGCGAGUACACUUGCCUGGCAGGGAACUCUAUCGGCUAUGCUUACCACUCUGCCUGGCUGACGGUGCUUCCAGCAGUGAGCCCGGAGAAGGAGGACUACUACGCCGACAUCCUCAUCUACGUGACGGGCUGCGUGCUCUUCAUCCUCGCCGUGGUCAUCGUCGUCCUCUGCCGCAUGAGGAUGACGACGCAGAAGACGCUGCCCACGCCGCCCGUGCAGAAACUGUCAAAGUUCCCGCUCAAGAGACAGGUGUCCUUGGAUUCAAACUCCUCCAUGAACUCCAACACGCCGUUGGUCCGGAUCGCCCGCCUGUCGUCCAGCGACGGGCCCAUGCUGGCUAACGUCUCGGAGCUGGAGCUGCCCUCCGACCCCAAAUGGGAGUUUCCUCGGACACGGCUGACUCUGGGGAAGCCUCUGGGCGAGGGCUGCUUCGGCCAGGUGGUGAUGGCCGAGGCCAUCGGCAUCGACAAGGAGAAGCCCAACAAGCCGCUCGACGUCGCCGUGAAGAUGCUGAAAGACGACGCCACGGACAAAGAUUUGUCGGACCUGGUGUCCGAGAUGGAGAUGAUGAAGAUGAUCGGGAAACACAAGAACAUCAUCAACCUGCUGGGCGCCUGCACGCAGGACGGGCCUCUGUACGUCCUGGUGGAGUUCGCCUCCAAAGGGAACCUGAGGGAGUACCUGCGGGCGCGCCGGCCUCCGGGGAUGGACUACUCCUUCGACACGUGCAAGAUCCCCGACGAGCAGCUCACCUUCAAGGACCUGGUGUCCUGCGCCUACCAGGUCGCCCGCGGCAUGGAGUACCUCGCCUCGCAGAAGUGUAUCCACAGAGACCUGGCGGCCAGGAACGUCCUCGUGACAGAGGACAACGUGAUGAAGAUCGCCGACUUCGGUCUCGCCAGAGAUGUGCACAAUAUAGACUACUACAAAAAGACCACCAACGGUCGUCUGCCCGUGAAAUGGAUGGCUCCGGAGGCGCUGUUCGACCGGGUCUACACGCACCAGAGCGACGUGUGGUCCUACGGGGUGUUGCUGUGGGAGAUCUUCACCCUGGGAGGCUCGCCGUAUCCCGGCAUCCCAGUAGAAGAGCUCUUCAAGCUGCUGAAGGAGGGGCAUCGAAUGGACAAACCUGCCAACUGCACCCAUGAACUGUACAUGAUCAUGAGGGAGUGCUGGCACGCCGUGCCCUCACAGAGGCCGACCUUCAGACAGCUGGUAGAAGAUCACGACCGGGUUCUAUCGAUGACCUCCACCGAUGAGUACCUGGACCUGGCGGUGCCCUUCGAGCAGUACUCGCCCACCGGCCAGGACUCCAACAGCACCUGCUCCUCGGGGGACGACUCGGUGUUCGCCCACGAGCCGCUGCCCGAGGAGCCCUGUCUUCCCAAACAGCCUCCCAGUAACGGCGUGGUUCGGACAUAAGACCUGAGUGGGGGAGGGGAGGGGGGGGUGGCUGGACUUUGACCUCCUCUCCCAGUUUGAGAUUCAUAAAACACCUCUCAGUGACUCCUCAAGAUAUGGAAAUGGCAACUCAGCAUGCAGUGCUUCAGCUCGUCUUAAACUCCUCAUCAAAAUCCUCUUUGACUGAGUUGUCUUCCUCCUCCUCCUCCUCCUCAAGAGACUCUUGAAACGUUGAAGGAUUUUUUUUUGCCGUUGAACCGUGUUCUUCUUUUCAGAAAUGCAAUUAUAUUUUUGUACUCGGGCCAGUCUUUUUGUUACGGACAAUCUUUGGGGUGAAACCAUUCCGUGCCUACUGGGAUGAACGUGUGAUUAAAAGAAAAACAAAAUUUUAAAAAAGGAUACAAGAGGAGGGAAUGCAGGGCAUUGGUCAGCGGCUGGUUGGCGGUCCAGCAGGCGAGGACCUCGUAUAGCAUCCCUUCGUCUGCAGCCCGUAGACCGCGGGAUGAACGCGUGACUCUGAGGAGGACGAUGUGACAGGAUACCAGCAACGCCAGAAUCAUCCUGAUGAUGGGACUCGUUCUUCCAAGACACUCAGUAACUUUCUUCCUCCAGAAGACGGUCCACGACAGACAGGAUUACGUGAGCGUCACGUUUAAGCAUCCCGAAAAAAAACGAGUUUUUUGAUAAUUAUGGAACAAAAUGUGUGAGGCGGAGUUUCAGGGCCAUUCAGUAAUUAGUACAAGAUUCAGAGUGUUUUUGUUUUUGUUUUUUUUAUGUAUCUAGAAAAUGAUUUAUUGUAAAUAUAUAAAUGCAAAUAUGUAUCAUAUUGCUGUUCACAGCCAUGUAUGUACUUAAAAGACAAAAAAUUACAUUUUUUAAAGUAUUGUUUUAGGAUGGAAGCAUUGCAAUCUAGAAGACACUGUCAUGGAAGUGUAAAACAUUUAAUCAUUUAAAGUGAUACAGAAAAGAUUUAUUUGAUUAUUAACAUGUAUAUUUGUAAAGAUAUUUAUAGACUUAACAAAUGUGGUUCAUAAGUUUGACAGGUCUAGUUUAGGAUUUUAGUACUGUACGCAAAUAUUUUUAUUUCAAUUUUUUUGUAACUUAUUUUACAGCAGAACUGCGACUCCUCCUUUGAUCCAUCUUCCUCUUUCUUUUCUUCUCUUUUCUCUUUUUACAGUAAAAAAAAUCUAUGAGAAUGUAUGACGGAAUCGACGGUGAUUUAUUUUGAGAGCGAGCGAUCGGACCGCCGGAGGUCGAGUCGUCCCGCUAAAGGGAAGCUGGACGUUUCCGCCGAGUUACAUUUCUGGUUUUGAAAAGUUGACGUUUGCGAUAUCAAAGCAACGAUUACAUCUUGCUGGGCAAGAAAUGAGCAGAGAGGCCUGUUAGGAGCACGUCGAGGCGGAUUGAAGAUCAACAACAACUCGCGGUGACGCAUAAAGAGCCUUCAGAGAACCUCAGCAUCCUCUUUAAGGGAAUAUACCUCCUCAUUAUAUGGUUUCACUCUUCAGUCUGUACACAACUACAUUUCCCAGCAUGCAUUUCAGUACUUAUCAAAUAAGAUGCUUAUACUUGCCAUUUUUUUUAAAGCAAGUAGCGAGUGUUAGCAAUAGAUUUUUCAGAGCAAAUGAACAAAAUAGGAACAUUUUACCAAAACUGCAAUGCAUUUUGGGGUUUGAAGUCACGAGAAACCACUCCUCCUGUACAACCGGGCAUAUUUGUUGAAGGUCAAUGGCUCUGGUCUUGAAAGAAGGUCACAACAUUCUGACGUGUACCGAUUAUAUAUGAGAAUACAUUGAAAACACACAACAGGAACCCAUCAAUUCAAAGUAUAUCCCCAUCUUUUGGGGUUUUCUUAAAGCAUUUGUUGGUGGAUACUUUCUUUUAGAGGUCGCUCUGAAGGCUUCUAACUCAUAUUUUAACAGAAUGGUUCCGGGGUCGAUGCUUACAACUUUUGCGCGGUGUCAAAAUGCCCUUGAGCAAGACGCUCGGAUAAAAAACAUGAGCUUGAAGGCAGAUGUGUAAAGCUCUUUUGUCCUCAUUUCUGCUCCUGAAAAACCUGCCAGACGCUGGAGAUGUGAUCGCUGCUCUAUCGUAUUAUUACUGAAAUGAAGGCACGCUGCGACUUACAAGUCACGCCGCCCACAAAAUGAAUAUGUAUUUCUAUAUAUAUAUAUUGGUUUGUUAAAGGAGCCUCUGAAGUCUGCGGUGGAUCCUGAGCUUAGUUUGCGAAGAGAAAAGUGCCAAAUGAGUCUUAAAAUCUAUUUCACAGACAUCUCUGAAUCAAAAUGCUGCACUGGUGAAUGUAGGCGGGCAGAGGUGACACGUGCAGUGAAGGAUCAUGGGAUUUGCCAAAUGGAUAUCUCCCCCUUUUUUUCUUUUCCUUCAUGAAUUGGUCUCUCCAUCUGAUCCUUAAAACAAAAGCAAAAAGGUUGAAAUUCAAACUGUCUGUUUUCAGCAGUGAUCAGAAACCUGAAUGGAAACGGUGCAACGUCCUUAUUCCAGUGUGUGAACUGCAUUUAAAUCGAGACAUUUAUUGUUACACCCCCGCCCCAAAUAUGAAAAGUACUUAAAAGAGUGAACAUUUUAUUUAAUGCUAUUGAUACACUGGGAGAUUGUGAUGUUUUUUAGCACUAAAUUAUGUAUUUGUUCAGUGUAUGCACAGAAACAAGGCCUUUGUAAACGGUUACAUCAAGUGAUUGUUACCUUCGCAUUGAAAAUGAGGAAGGUUAUGCUUUGAUCACCGUGUAUUUGUAUGCGUGCGUGUUACUCGCAUAAGUCAAAAAAUAUUAAACCGAAUCACAUGAAAUUUGGUGGGAUGAUUUGUUAUUAUCCGGGAACCAUUUGAUUAGAUUUUGUGAUCGAUCGGGUCAAAGGUCAAGGUCAAGGUCAUGAAAAGGUCAACAUCUUCUUUUUACCAUAGCGGUCAAUUUGUAUCCAAUUGGCAUGCAACUAAUGCCAAAAUGUUCAUAAUUCAAUGCCCAAUCUUGUGAUAUGCGAAGGUAUGCGCUCUACCGAGUGCCCGUUCUAGUUAUUUCUGUUUUCAGUUUAGGUGUUGGCCCCGAAUCUAUGAAGUGCCUGGAAUAAUCUAGCAAACAAGAAGGAGAUUAAUUGAUAAACUAAUAAUUGCUCAAAUAUAUCUAAAACAAUAAAAGAAGCAGUUCUCACGAGCAGCCGGCUGUUCUUCUUCUCUCGAGUGAACCGGACAGACAACAAGGCAUUUGUUUUAGGGUGGAUGGAUCCAAUGAAACGCUGUUUUGUUUUAUUUAUUCUUCCAUGCUGCGUAAAAGCUUUCCCUGUGGUGAGAGUCGUUUUAGUCACAGCUACCUGCUUUUCAUUGUUGUUUUUCAUUAAAGAGCCAGAACACGGUGGUGAUGAUGUCAUGUAUGCUGAUUCGCCCCAUCAGACUUUGCUCCUGGUUUAAUUAUCCUUUCUUUUUAUUUGGGAUGCCCUUUUUUCUGCAUCCUUGUUGAUUCUUUCUCUCUGAUUCUGACGGCCUUUGUCUCUUUUUUUUAUUUAUCACUUUUUAAAAGUAUAUGUUGUUCUUAACGCAUGUGUUGUUCAUGGCAGCAAGCGGAGUGCGCCGCUUACCGCACGCUCCAGAGCUGGAUAUUUAUAAUAGAUAACAGAACGGCAACAAAGAGCAGAGUUUAUUUACUUUCUUUCAGAUUUUUAAGUUUUAGACCGAUCUGCCAGUUUGCUGAUACAUUUGACGUCUAAUGGAAAUAAUGCUUCUCCAAAACAUCAACUUUUCUCAAGCUAAAAAAAUACUGGCCUGUUUUUAUGGCAUGUAUAUUUAGGCAACCCAACGGGUUCUCAAGUCUAACUGCAUUUUUCAUUUUUAUAUUUUUAUAUUUGCAAAAUAUCGGAAAUCAUCUAAUGUAGGUUUUUGGCACGGGAGACGUUCAUAUUUCUCUCUUGUAAGUACAGAAUUAGCUUAAAAAUCAGCAGUAUUUGUGGUUUUCUUUCAGUAUAGUAGAAGUACGUUUCCAAUACACCAACAGGUACAUCGAUAAUUCUGAACACUAUAUAAUAAAUUGUGCCAAAUUGCCAAGAUUUUAAUAAAAAACAAUGAAGAGCUUCAA